AUGGACAAGAAAAAUACUUCUAAAAGACGUACCCCAAACUCUAAAAAGGCAGUGAAAAAGGUUGAUUCGAAGCAAAACUUAAGUCUGUCAGAAUUAAAGGGUCUUUAUAAGUCUUUGAAUAGGAAUAGCGUUAAGUUAGAUAGAGAAAUAGCUCAGUUAAAGUCAGAAGGUGUCACUGAUAAUUUAAAACCUGAAAUGCAAGCAUUGCAUGACUACAAUGAUAUUAAAGAUGUCACACAAGUAGUUUUAGGAUAUUUAGCUGAUAUAGAAAAUUGUACUAUUACUGAUCUCUAUACGAAGUACUCACUUCCUGCUCAAAGUAAUUGA